AGAGAGUGACAAUAAUUCUAUUUAUAAUUUUCACUUCUUCACUUCAAAAUUUCAUAAAUCUACGUAACAUUCAUGUAAAUCAUCUGAUUUAAGAUUUUAUGGCCACUGGGCUGGGGAACACAGAGUUGAUCGUCCUAGCCAGUAUACUUGGAACUUUUGUAGUUCUCUUCUCACUAGCAAUUGGAACGUAUUGUUACAAGAAAUAUGACUACAUCAAGAGAAAAAAACACGGAUCGACUGUAGAUUCUGGGAAGAGGCUAUCCUUUCUGCAGGAUACCAAACCCGGUAAAUGUGGGAGGGUUCCUACCUCAAAUAACUCGCUGAGACAGAUCAUACAUUCAACGAAGCCGAUUCCACAACCAGUUUUACGCAACCCACAAUCUAGAAUACAGAACGAUGGUCGUGCCCGAAGUUCCAGAUCACCAAGGGAUGUUCAAAUUUACAAUUCCUACCCCGGAGGUGUUCGAGUGGUACGCUUCCACCAGGACCACAACAAACCAGUUCUCGUAUACCGUCCCGAUCUUCCGAGACCAUUGUAUACGCAACCCCAUCUUCCCAACACAGUCCCGCAUCUCAGACUAGGGGACUACAGGCCAAAGGUUGUUAGUGGUUACUUCUCACCGGACACCAGACACAUGGAGGCGUUCAGAAACCCAGAAACUUCACUGAACAGUAGUAGCUCAAGGUUCAAUUGGAUUCCAGCAGAGCCAGAAAAAGUAAGAAUGAAACUGGUAAAAUUCUUCCAAUUAGACAAGAAAGAUACACCAACCAAAGCAGGAAAACACAGACACAAAGUUACCAAAAGUUCAGCAACCUCAACAUCUGGUCUACGAUUCUCUGAUCCACCUCCAACAAAAACCACAAAACAGAAUGCCAACGUUAGCACUCAAUACAUAGAGAGUGGUAGUAAAUUUGUCAUUAUUGAUUAUGUUGAUCUCAGCCAUAAAAAAUCUGGGGACCUUCCGCUAUCCACCUCCACACCACGUGAUGACCAUCAGGAGACUACUGAUCGUAACCACAAUUUCAUUCCAAGACAAAGAAAACCACAAGAUGGAUCUCUUGAGAAGAUUCCGGCAUUUUAAGUCUUGUUGUUACUGUAUUGUAUAUGACAUAUCAUAACUAUUGUUUAAUUAUAAAAAGUUUUUAUUUGUCAAUGAAUAUCAUAACUAUUGUUUAAUUAUAAAAAGUUUCUAUUUGUCAAUGAAUAUCAUAACUAUUGUUUAAUUAUAAAAAGUUUCUGAAACUUUUUGUGACUUUGAGACAAUCACAGGAAACUCCCAUCUUCUACUAAUGAAAAUUUGUUAAGAACCUUUUAAAGGGACUGGUUCACGUUUUGCGAAAGAAAUGUUUUUUCAUUUUUUAUGUUAAAAAUUAAAAAUAUAGCUUACUUAUGUUGACAACCACAAUUUGGACGGUCUGAAUGCAAGGAUAAGAGCAAUAUUUUAGCUUUGAUUUUGUGUUAUGUAAACAAAGACUCGAGUCUUUUUAUGUAAACAAACAAACCAAUGAAACGUUAAUUUUGUAAUUUAAAGCAUCUUCAUUUUGUACAAUCACAAAUUUUAACUUUUAAAUUACACAUUUUACCUAAAGUAUACUUGAGAUGUGAUAUAUAUAAUAAACUUUGCCAAUAUCGAUUUAUUUUGAAAACCCUAUAAACAAUAACACACCUCAAUCUUUGUUUUCAAAACAAAUAAUAAACUCUCUAUAAUGAGCUUCUGUCAUGAUGAAUAACCUUAAUUUUUUGUGAAACCUUCUAAACAUAUUAGACUGUAGAUUUUGAUCAUUUAAGGUGGGUCCUUAGUCCUGGAUUUUUGGGGUUUAGGUAGCAUUUUUUUGUUUGGAAUCAAGAAAUUAACAAUCAGAGUAAUGUAAAAAGGCAAAAUAGUAAAGGGUUUCCAUAUUAAUUUUCUUUACAGACACUACUGAAGUUAUGUACCCCUGUGUAGAUUUUUAUGAAAUUUAUUGGAAACCGUUUUUUGUUGUUAUUUUAAAAUAAAAACAACAAAAUAUUUUUUAAUUGCAUUUAUUUAUCAGGAAACAUGUCAAUAACUAAAACACAAGUCAAUUUCAAUAUGUUCAUGAAGUUUUAGAAUGAUAUGUGCAAAAUUAUUGAAUUAGCAUUAUUCUCCAAAAUGUUAAAAAACAAACAAAUGUGGACAUAUUUUCCUUAUAUCAUAGUUUACCUAUCAUUUUUUCUGUUUAUAUUAGUAGAUGUACAUCUGUUAUAGUUAUUUAUGAAAAAAACUCCACACCUUUCCUUAAUAAUUUCAAAUCUAUAGCUUCCAGAGUAUGUAUACCCCCCUUGGAAAAAACCCCGAAGUCUGGCACCAUACAGUUGAGCUAUUCAAAAUCAUUCGGGGAUUAAGAUAUUAUGUAAUUUCAUGAAAAGACACAGAUAAUGAUUCUUUAUCAACUUGGUAAAAUGUUUGUGAAAAAUAAAGGAAAUCUAUCGCAUAAUAGACUUGAUAAAAAAUUUAAUGAAAACAGAGUUAUUGCCCUUGGAUUCAAUAUUUUGAAACAUAUCAUUGAUUAUUCAAACAUAAUUAUGACUUUUGAAAUAUUUUAUGGGUAACAAUAUCAUAACAAAAAUUAUUGAAAAAGACUCCAACAAAAUUUAUGUUCCUAUCAUUAAAUCAUUGACUUUGCAAAAUCUUAUGACGUCACAGGAGUGUGGAACUACGUUAAUGUGAAAAGCAAAAUUUAAAGGGAAAUCGUGAAUCAGUCCCUUUAAAAACAGUAUUUAGGAAGCUUUGCAUAAAGUAAUUUUAAUCGGAAGAAAAUAUAACACAUAUGUACGGUUAUGAUUUGCUACAUAAUGUAUUGGAUAGGAAGCUCUAGCUUUGUGCUUAAAAUAAAACA